ACAAUCAACAUGUUGGAGACUAUACAACCAGAAGCAUUGGAGUUGAAGGACAAGGGUAACUUGGAACUCUGGAAUAAGAACUAUGAAGAGGCACUCAAGUACUUUGAUCAAGCAUGUAUCUGUGAUCCAAACAAUAUAGAGUUGACAUUGUCUAGAGCUGGUAUGUUCAAUUUCACGGACUUGGGAGAGACGUUCAAGGAGACGUUGGAGGAUGAUAAUGAUAUUGCCAAAGUAAUAUUGCUACAAUCAAAGGCAUAUGCUAGAAUGUCUACGGCAUACCUCGGCAGCCAUCUCUAUCAAGAGUCAAAGAAGAACAUUGUCAACGCCAUCAACACUUACAACUGCGUGGAGUUUGAAGAGAUGCUAAAGAUGGUCAAUGAUCUGAUACUGACAAUGACCAGCCAUGCUCAAGAGUUGUUCAAGGAGGCCAGUGAACUAUACUACACCAAGCAGUAUGAGGAGGCUUGCAAACUCUACACCGAGGCCAUCGAGUUUGACAAGUGCAACAAUGUACUCUACGCUAAUCGAUCAAUGUGUCACAUCAAGCUGGGGAUGUAUCCCGAGGCUCUGGACGAUGCCAACCUCGCCAUUGAUAUCCAGGGCAAGGACCAACAUGUCAACUACCUUCCAUACUACUCCAAGGGCAAUGCGUUGUACUCACUGAAACGUUAUGAUGAGGCUUUAGUGGCGUAUGAGGAAGCACUUGGUAUUAAGCCAGAGUCAGGACCUGUAAAGAAGAAGAUAAAGAAGGUCACCGCCCUGCUUGAUACCAAGGCCAAGUUGGUCAACAACAGAAAGAAGAAGAAGACAAAGAAGAGAGCUGCUGCCAAGGAGGACACGACUACUACAUCAUCCAACGACUUGAAGAAUAAUGACGACAACAACAAUGAUGAAGAGGAGGAGCACAUGCCAACAAUGGAGACAUUCGAGUCAGAGCAAGCCUCUUCAGGCACACCAAGGAUCAAUACGUUAAGAAGUGUUGAGGAGGAUGAUGAGAUGCAAGUUGCACCGGUGCUGGCCGAGCCCUCCGAGUGUGAGGAGCUACAAACAUCACUGGACGAGGUUGACGAGCUUAAUAUCCCUGUGUCCGAGGAGCAGGACGAUGUCGUCCAAGACCACGCCAAUGAGGUGACCGAAGAGGAGGAGAAGGAGGAAAUGGAAUCAGCUGAACCAGUGCCAGAGCCAGAAGCAGAUGCCGAGGAUGAU